GGCAAACAGCAGGCAAAGAUUAUCCCUGCAGGACUGACAAGAGAAGCAUGUCUCCCAAGGGUGGAAUUGAUCUUAGACUGUUCUGGCAGAGAGAAGGAGCCCAGAUCUCAGUCUGACAGGGGGUGUGUAAUAUCUGGAGAAGAAGGAGGGCAGACAGAGGAACCUCCUUCCUCUGUCUCCUUUGGAAUCAAAGCAGAAGACUCAGAGGAAGGAGAGGAGGCUCAGCAAGCAGAAAGGGAGCUCGUCAGACCCAAUAAACACCGGGCCAGGCACGCCAGGCUUAGGCGCAGUGAAAGCCUCUCCGAAAAGCAAGUUAAAGAAGCCAAGUCUAAAUGUAAAAGUAUUGCUCUGCUGCUGACAGCUGCCCCAAACCCCAAUUCCAAGGGGGUGUUGAUGUUUAAGAAGCGCCGUCAAAGGGCCAGGAAAUAUACCUUGACAAGCUACGGUACUGGUGAACUAGAACGGCAGGAGGAUAGCGAAGACGAUAACGAGGACGAAGAGAAUAAAGAAAAUACUUUCAAUGUUACAUUUUAUGGGGCAAGUGAGUCAGAUCUAGAUGACGAUUUUUUUUCAGAUCCUGAAAACGACACACAAAUUGUAACAUUUGACUGGGAUACUGGACUUGUAGAGGUCGAAAAGAAACUUAAUAGUGGUGACGCAAUGGAGGAACUUCCAGAGACCAAAGGUAAAGGGGUCCUCAUGUUUGCAAGAAGGAAGCAGAGGAUGGAUCAAAUUACAGCAGAGCAAGAAGAACUCCGGAAACAUAGUAUAGAAGAGAAGGUGUCUGUCACAGAGAAUGUAAAUAAUACGGUUUCACUUCAGACACAGCAACAGCAGAGCAUAAAAAUGCAGAGCUGCGUGAGUAAAAGUUAUAUUGAGGUCAGCAAUAGCCAAACAAGAGUACAGAAUGGUUUUGCUGGAGCAUAUGAGUCAAUCCCUUCAUUUCAGUCUCCACCUAACAGAACCCCAAAACCUUUUGGGGGAUUACAGAAUAGGGCAGCAAUACCAUUUUCUCCUACUAGAAAUAUAGCAAGUCCAAUGUCAGAUGUGCCUGCACCACCCCCUUACUCAUCAGUUACUCCACCUCCUGAGCCAAGGUUUCAAGUGUCUUCACCAGUGCCUGCCAAAGCCCAAGCAGCUGUAUGGGCUCCAUCAUUUUCAACAGAACAAAUAGCUUCCAGAGAUGAACGAAUAUCAGUUCCAGCCAACAAGACAGGAAUUUUACAGGAAGCAAAACGUAGGAGCACAAAACCUAUGUUUACUUUUAAAGAACAGCCUAAAAUAAGUCCAAAUCCUGCACUUCUUUCUCUUGUUCAGACCAGAGAAGGCAAACGUAGCACCGGCAAUGAGUCUGGACCUGAAGAAGACUACCUCAGUCUAGGAGCAGAGGCAUGUAACUUUAUGCACUCUCAUGCUGGCAAGCAAAAAACACCUCCACCUGUUGCCCCAAAACCUUUGGUUAAGUCCCCUACUGCAAUUCCAACUUCACCAGUAUGGGCACCUUCAACCGUUGCUCCAGCACCACAAAUGUUUUCAAUUCAAAAUCCUCCUCAGAGUGCAUCCCCUGUUGAAGCUAAUGCUGUACAACCAAAAUUUAAUUCUUACAACCCUCCAACUGCUGCUCCAGUAGUAUGGGCACCUCCAACCGCUGCUCCAGCACCACAAGUGUUUUCAAUUCAAAAUCCUCCUCAGAGU